AUGGUCGCCAUGGAAUGGACACCUCGCCUCGAAAGCGCAUUCAAAAGACUCCAAGACCGCAAAAAGUCCACCUCUACAUCAUUCGCCCCCGACGAGACAAAAACCGCCCAAGAAGUCGAUGCCUUCUUGGCUGACCCAAAGACAAAGGAAUGCGUCGACUUGGACUUGGUCAAGCGGGUCUCGGCGCUGUUGUUGAAGUACUCGAGCAGUACUGGUGAUGCAAGCGGCGUCAGUGUAUCGUCAGAAGACUGGAUUCAUACCUUGGUCAAGGGCAGUACCGUCUACGUCCCCAAAGCAGCACCAAAAGAGCGGAGCCCGGAAUUAGAGAAACUGAUGGACACCUACAAAUCCCAACUGGCCUCAAAAGAAUACUCUCGUAUGAUUUCCAGCAUCGACCCCAUCUCCUCUAAUUCCUCAACACUCGCCUACAGCCUCCGUCAGGACAUGAAGGAUCUCAAAGACGUCAAGGCCCACACCAUCGGGAUCGUGAAUGUUUUGUACACGGGUGCGGCAGUCUUCACGGCAGUGUUUAUGAUCUCGGCACACUUUACGGAGGAUCUGGGGAUGAGGGUGUUAUUGUCGUUUUUGGCGUUUGUGGGCAUUGUAGCCUGUGAGGCUUAUCUUUACCAUCGGCAUGCUCAGACUGCUACUGGAGGGUCGAAGGUGAAGAGGGUAAAGCCUUUGCCAGAGGAUGUUAUCAUUAAUACCACGACCAUUGGUAAAGAGAAGUAUGCCUAG